AUGAGAGUGGUAGGGGGAACAGUAGCUCCGGCUGACAAAUAUCCCUCUGUUGCUGCAAUUGUCAGAUCUGAUAUAUCAGGAGUUACGCAAGUUUGUGGUGGUGUCAUACUUACUCAAAGACAUAUUCUUACUGCGGCUCACUGUUUUAAGAAACCUACAACUUUUUUAGUUAACUUCAAGAAUUAUAAAGUCCGUGUAGGCUCCACUUUGGUUCACACCGGUGGUUCUGAGCACAGAAUUAAUCUUGUCAUGUUCCAUCCCAAGUUCCAUCUGCAUACAACCGAAAACGAUCUUGCUAUAAUGCGUACAGAAACAACAAUAGCUUAUAGCAAAUCGGUUCAACCGGCAACCAUACCAUCUUAUACCUACAGGCUCCGUGACAACGAGUCUAUGUGGGCUGUGGGAUGGGGUGAAACUUCACAAGGAGGGUACGAAUCAGAGCAACUCCGUCACGUCGAAGUCAAGGUUAUCAACCAAAACACGUGUAAAACAUUAUACAAACAUUUGCGUCCAAUCGAUGACAAUGCACUAUGUGCUGGUUGGCUAAACGGGGGUGGUCACGACCAGUGUCAACGUGACUCUGGCAGUCCUCUAUACCACAAGGGGGUGGUCGUCGGUAUAGCUUCUAUUGGUGAGGGAUGUGGUAAACCUGAAUUUCCUGGUAUCUGCGUGAGACUCUCACGUUACGCUAGUUGGAUUCGUGAUAUGACUAAAACUGGGAAUUUUAAGUCUUAA